AUGGCUUCAAAGGAGCAGGAGGUGAUCCCGCUUCGCGGCGAGAAGAAGCUAGAGGGCAAACUCACCGGCCCGUUGGCCAUCACCACCCUGGCCAUCGUCUGGGGCUCGUUCCAGUUUGGCUACCACAUCGGAUGCAUCAAUGCCCCGGGACCGAUGAUCCAAGCCUGGUUCGGCGAGUCCCACCGCGCGACCUUUGGGACCCCGCUAUCUGAUGCGAAUCGGACGCUGCUCUGGUCAGCAGCCGUCGCCAUCUUUGCCUUCGGUGGUAUGAUUGGUGGAUUGUCGUCCGGAUGGUUUGCUGACCGAUUUGGCCGGAAGGGAGCGCUCCUCCUCAACAACAUCUUCGCCUUCAUCGCCGCCGCCUUGAUGACGUUGUGCAAGUCGGUGAACCUGUACCCGUUGAUGAUUGCCGGACGAUUUGUGAUCGGAUUCCACAGCGGUCUCGCUUCCGGUCUGGUGCCGAUGUUCCUCACCGAAGUCUCUCCUAUCAACCUCCGCGGAACCCUCGGCUCGAUCCACCAGCUCUUCGUCACUAUCGCCAUCCUCGUCUCCCAGGUGCUCGGGCUCGACUUCCUCUUCGGCACCGUCAACCGGUGGCCCUGGAUUUUUGCCAUGACCGUCAUCCCGGCCAUCCUGCAGCUGAUCAUGUUGCCCCUGUGCCCCGAAUCCCCUAAAUACUCCCUCGUCGUCAAGAAUCAGCCCGAGAAGGCCGAAGCUGCCCUGAAGAAGCUCCGCGCCCAAGAUGACGUCACCGACGAGCUGAACGAGAUUCGAGAAGAGGCCGUCGCCGCUCAGAACACGCCCAAGGUGCAGAUGGGGGAUCUCUUCAAGAUUCCGCUACGCUGGCCGAUGUUCAUCGCCAUCAUGAUGAUGUUGUCGCAGCAGUUGUCCGGCAUCAACGCCGCCAUGUUCUUCUCCACCUCCAUCUUCGAGAGCGCCGGCCUUCAUGGUGUCUCGGCAACGUACGCCACGAUCGCCAUGGGAGCCAUUAACGUGCUGAUGACCAUCAUCUCGGUCUGGCUGGUUGACCACCCAAAAUUCGGCCGUCGCUCGCUGCACUUGACGGGGUUGUCGGUGAUGUUCAUCGCCUCACUGCUCAUCGUCUUAGCGCUGGGCAUGAUUACGGGCCAAACGAACGCCUGGUCGUACGGUGCCAUCGGAUUUGUGCUGCUCUUCGUCAUCGGAUUCGCGACCGGACCUGGCUCGAUCCCGUGGUUCUUCGUCUCCGAGAUCUUCGGCUCUGGCGCUCGUGGCCCGGCCUCUUCCGUCGCGGCCAUGGUCAACUGGACGGCCAACUUCCUCGUCGGCCUCUUCUUCCUUCCGCUUACGCAAAUGCUCGGCCAAUACGCGUUCCUGAUCUUCUCCGGCUUCCUCGUGCUGUUCAUCUUCUUCACGUGGAAGUACGUCCCGGAAACCAAGGGCAAGACUGUCGAAGAGAUCAACGCCGGCUUCGAGAAGCGGAAU